AUGGGCUAUGACACAGCUGUGAAAGUCAAAGAGCUCCAGACCGGCAAUGAUGCUAACUUCUCUGGAAGGAACCUGACGCUUCUCAAAGGGCUUCGUAAAGACGACUGCUUCCGAAGCUCUUGGCAGCCCUACAGCCUGACCGGGCGGGAGGUCCUGACACCCUUCCCAGGGCUGGGCACCGCUGCGGCCCCAGCACAGAGCGGGGCCCACCUGAAGCCGUGUGACCUGCUGAAGCUGUCCCGCCGACAGAAACAGCUCUGUUUCAAGGAGACGGCCUUCCUGUAUGCAAUGUCCUCCGCUGCCCUCACCCACACUCUGGCCCGGGCCUGCAGCGCCGGGCGCAUGGAGCGCUGCACCUGUGAUGAUUCUCCGGGCCUGGAGAGCCGGCAGGCCUGGCAGUGGGGCGUGUGUGGCGACAACCUCAAGUACAGCACCAAGUUCCUGAGCAACUUCCUGGGGCCCAAGAGAGGAAGCAAAGACCUGAGGGCACGGGCGGACGCUCACAACACCCACGUGGGCAUCAAGGCAGUGAAGAGUGGCCUCAGGACCACAUGUAAGUGCCACGGUGUGUCGGGCUCCUGUGCCGUGCGCACCUGCUGGAAGCAGCUCGCCCCGUUCCGCGAGACGGGCCAGGCGCUAAAACUGCGUUAUGACUCAGCUGUCAAGGUGUCCAGUGCCACCAACGAGGCCUUGGGCCGCCUGGAGCUGUGGGCGCCCGCCCGGCCAGGCAGCCCCACCAAGGGCCCGGCCCCGCGGCCCGGGGACCUGGUCUAUAUGGAAGACUCGCCCAGUUUCUGCCGGCCCAGCAAGUACUCGCCCGGCACGGCGGGCAGGGUGUGCUCCCGGGAGGCCAGCUGCAGCAGCCUGUGCUGCGGGCGGGGCUACGACACCCAGAGCCGCCUGGUGGCCUUCUCCUGCCACUGCCAGGUGCAGUGGUGCUGCUACGUGGAGUGCCAGCAGUGCGUGCAGGAGGAGCUCAUGUACACCUGCAAGCAUUAG